AUGUCGCUGUGGACAGAUGAGCGUGUGGACGAAACCGUCACCUCCGCAUAUGUUCAUUCGCACCUCCGCGCAGAUGAACAGGAAUAUCUUCAGCGGCCUCUGUAUUUCGGAGGCGAUCUGACCGAUGAUACCUACUUGGACUGGAUCUUGACCAGGGCAAAACGCUUCUUCCUCAUACUGGUAGCUACCGGUGUGCCCGAUCAAAUCUUUGGCAUCAUCGACGAUUCGUACGACGACGAAGAUCUACCCAUCAUCGAGCAAGCGGUUCCCGAUCUUCGGCUAUCCUAUGAGCCGGAUAGGUCCUUGGAUAAACGUUUCUACAAGAACCAGUUCCGCUUCCUUACACGUGUUGUUGGAGAGGGGGAGCACAUCCGUUAUGCCGAUGAAGAGGCAGUCCCUGUCGUCCCUGUCAGCUUGAAAUCGGUGGUUCUCUCAUUUAGUCACGAAGGCACCGAUCGAGUGCGGUUACCGUCAGACAAUCAGAGGGUCUUUGUACGCCGCCGCAUCCUCCUCGAGGGACCGCUCAGCGAGGAGGACAUUCUGAAUGAAAUCGCUGCGAGCAGAAGGCUGUGUCACGAACACAUCGUGUCUGUCUAUGGCUCCUAUCUCUAUCAAGGGGUGUUCAAUGUCAUCUCCACCCCAGCAGCCGAAUGGACCCUCAAGACAUUCCUCACCGAUACACCUAAAAGCUUUGGUGCCCUCCCAAAGCCUGAGCGACGACGUAUUUUGAUCAAUUGGCCACACUGCAUUGCCAGCGCGUUAGCAUGGCUGCACGAGAACGGCGAAUUCCACGGAGGUAUCCGCCCCUCCAAUAUUCAAAUUGACAACUCCUUCUCCAUCUCCUUGGGGUUGCUGGACGGAGACGGAUUGCUUCGUCACAGACCUCGCCAUGACGACAUCGAAGCAUAUCAAUACGGUCCGCCCGAGCGAUGGAAGCGAGCGGUCACAAUUCAAAGCACUGGCUCCGCUGCCCUCUCGCUUCCAUCUGGAGGACGAUCUGGCCGGAAGGCGGGUGGAAACCCUUCAAGACAGAACCAUUCAGACGGCAACAAUUCUGCGAGAAGCAGGUCGGCUUCGUCGGGAGCAACUUAUACAUUUCAACCCACUUCAAAAGGAGGCUAUGCAAGGCUUCGCUUGAGCGCAGCGAUCGGUCCUGAUGCACCGCCUCAGUCUGCUGGUCGCGGUAGGGACUUGGGGUCUCCAACGGACACCAGAUCCGUGGUAACCCAAGAUACAGCACGGCCUACCUAUGAUCCGAUCGUCCCAGGGAGGGCACCCUCGAUUCUGUCUUCUACCAGUUCGAAUGGCCGGAAGGCUCCUUCGCUUAACAGUCCUAUUUUCGUCUCGGCGCCAGAAGGCCGAAGCGCUGUUGUUCAGACCUGGCAGUCGGUCGAGCACGACAUGUACGCCUCGGAUGUGUUUUCACUUGCGGCUGUGAUAAUGGACAUCCUGAACCUUCUCUGCAAGCGUAGCUAUAGCUCAUUCUCGCGGGCUCGAUCUGCCAAAAAUCGGAUGGCUGGCCGUGGCGGAGGCCUGGCUGAUGCGAGCUUCCACGCCAACCUUGGCCAGGUCUUCCUCUGGGCCCAAGGCCUCCAAAAUGAAGCUGAAAAGAAAGCCAAAAAGAAUGACGGUCAGGUAUAUCAUGCCGUCGGCCCUAUCGUGCAGCUCAUUCUUCAGUGCCUCGAGCGAGAUCCGCUCGCACGUCUGACUAGCGCUCAGCUCGAGCAGAAACUAGGUGACCUUAUUCGUCGCUUUGCCAGUGUCGAUAGACUCCAUUGCGCAGCUCAACAGAGAGCAGAGAGCAGUGCAGGAUCUAGGAAUACGCCAAUCCGGGAAAAGAAAUCUUCAGAAAAAUCUAUUGAAGGACGAUCUAAUGACUACAGUCCAGGGAGGACCCUUCGUCAAGGAUCUCGAGAUCGACGACCCACAGCAAGAGAGGAAAGGCAGCCUCAAGAGCAAACCAUGCUUCUCGAUGUUCCAAUAAUUCACUCGCCCCUCAGUCAUACCCCUCCAAGCACAACCCCGACCCCCGGCACGACUUCCGUCAGUUCACUCUUGUCCUUCAAUUUUGAUGGCGUCUCCGACACGGUGGUGGCAGACAGUCCGCGCUCCCGCGAUCAUUCUCUACACCGAAGUGCUCGACGCGCAGAGGUAGCUAUCCCUGCCAAUCGGGUACCUUGGAGCAAUGAGUUGGACACACCCCGACAGAAGCACUGGAAUAACUGGCACAAUAACGACAGUCAAGUGGACCCGAGACUGUCGUUCGGUGAGUCGAUCGAGACAGGCGCAUUCACCUACUUAAAUUACAGCACGAGCGCCUCCUCAGAUGAGGGGGUGAAGUACUUUCCUCGGCCUCCCGCUCCACCCUCCAAGCCGCCCCCGAAUCGAGAGCUGCCUCCAGUGCCCGCCGUACCGAGAGAGUCUCGUUCUGUCAAACCAAAGCACCGCUCGACCGCUGUGAAGCCAUCCAGUCAGGACAUUGCCAUGUUAAGUCAUCUGUCAUCUGCUGCUACUGGCGGACGUCCACUUCGUGUCGACAGUCUGCCGAAGACAAUAGACUAUGACGAGGAUGUUUUCCACGACAAGCUCCAUCACAUGAGGCACCCGCACAACCCGAAGGCUCUUUCACACAGUCGGUCAAGACAAGAUCUAUAUUCCGGCAGAAGAGGUGUAUAG